GUCGAAUUUGUCUCUAAUGUUCAUGCUCUACAACUCCCGUGAUGAUGAGGCGAGCUGCCGUCUCGAAAGCUUGUGAUGCAUGUCGGCGCAGGAAAGUGAAAUGCAGCCUAAGUCAACCUUGCGCUCCUUGUCAGGAUGCAGGCCUUCAGUGCACUUUCCUCACCAUCAGACAGCGAAAAGGUCGUAAGGGAGCAAGUGCCCAUGUCAUUAACGCAAUUCGGAAUUCUCAACAGACAUCAAGUCUCGAUGAGGCGGAGUCUCUCCCGGAUCCAUUGCCAUCGCACGCAACGUCGACUAUUGCAGGGCGUCUGCCGCAACACUCCGCAGAUGAUGACAUUGGGCAAACGUUGGAUUCUUUCUCGGAAGAUCUUCACGAUAUCGCGCCUACAGAGCGGCCACUGAAUUCAUUCCCCUUUCCCUUUGACAGCCUCAACUACACCUCCCCUACGUUCUCCCUCUUGCCCGAUACUCAUACAAGUCCUCAACACGACAAUGUGCCCACCAAACGCUUUGCUCGCACCCAAAGUCUACUGCAACCGAGAGUGAUCGAUGUCUGUGCCGAAUUCUUCUUGUCUGAAUUGAGUUCGACUGUGCCAAUCGUCACCCCGGACCUUAUUCGACAGGCCACAGCAGCCGCUGCCAACGACGAUGAGGCGUAUUGUUUGGUUUGCUCUUUCUGCGCUUUCGUCCUUCUCCAGACAGAUGAGCUCUCUCGAGACCAGCUCGUCCAAGCCGGCAUACAGCAGGAGCCACGGGUGUAUGGGCAGACCCUUCUGACAGAGGCGCUUUCAGUUCGCGGCCAUCUUGAUCUAUUGGCCCUACCCAGCCUGCGGACAGUCUUUCUGACUUUCUUCAUUUAUGGAUGCCACUCGGCAUUGGGCAAGCACAGACAGGCGUGGUAUUUUCUACGCGAAGCGACCACCUUCUACACUACGGCAACUAUGGAUUUGGCCGAGGAGGACGUUGACGAAGCGUUCCAUCGCUUGUUUUGGCUGCUGCUGGUUUCCGAAAGGUCACAUGCAAUCCGCAGACGUCGGCCCAUCACCUUGCAGAUUACACCUCAAAGCCCGAGCCUCGAGGAUUUGGCGAAAAACAGUCCUCAUCUAGUCGGUUUCCGUUGUCUAGCAGAGCUCUUCAAACCCAUCGACGACUACUUCAUCAGUCUGUGGAACAGAGCAAGCACCAAUUGUUCUCCACACUUUCUUGUCGAAUCCGAGCAGAAUAUAAGACGCGGUGUAGCAACAUCGUUGGAUAUUGUAGACACGCAGCUUGCCAACAUUCGUGUUUCGCAGCAAUGGCUGCGGGUUAUCGUGUGGCAAUUAUGCACCAUGUUGGGUUACCUGUCAAGCGACGCUGCACACGAAAGUCUCACGUUCCGCUAUCCCUUGAAGAUCGCCCAGGAUCUCGCGAUCUCGACUUGGAAGCUUCCACUCCAUAGUAUGCAGAUGCAUGGCAUAGGUUUGACCGAGAAGGUGUUUGACAUCGCUUGCACUCUCAUUGAUGUCAUCUCUUGCAUUCCGACUGAGGAUAUCAAAUCCAAUGGCUUCGAAAUUGGCCCGGAAGACAAUUUGAAGCACUUCUUUUCUCUGAUCGCUCGAUUACCUGGAGGUCGAGACAAAUACCUUCCGCUCUUGGUCACGAAAGUGGACCAAAUGCUCCCUGCCAUGACGGCACCCCUCGCUCGCCAUAUUCAUGUGCCUCUCAACAAACAAGCACCCGCUUAUAUCGAAUACGAAACGGGUUGAGACAGUAAGGCGUUGGUGGAGGCCACGGUCCGCGUCUCCAGUAAUGGCAGGAACACCCAACCACAUCACCGGACUUUUUGAGGUUGUGCAAGCAGAGUGCACGCCGUUCAAUGUUUCUCUUCGAUAACAUCAAACUCCUCUGCACCGCUGGACAACCUUUUU